GUCAGACGUGGGAGUUUUCGCCGAAAUGAACGCUUUGGGGCUCAGUAUGAUCGUCAAAAUGGGGUGCAUUUGCACAAGGGAGUCGGUCGACGUAAAUGGGGUGAAGUACGUCGUGAAGGAACGCCUGGGUGAAGGGGGCUUCUCUACCGUCGAUCUGAUCGAAAACAAGGGCACCAAGCGCAAGUACGCCCUUAAACGGAUCCUCUGCCACAGUCUCGAGGACCAGAAAGUGGCAAUGGACGAAAUUUCCUACUACAAAAAAUUGAGACACCCCAAUAUUAUCGAACUUGUGGACUCCACAUUUAAAGGCACGGCCGAUAUUGUGGUAAAUGCCACCUCGGAGGCCUACAUAGUCCUGCCGUAUUAUCGCCGAGGCACUUUACAAGAUUACCUAACUUUGCGUUCCUUCAACCGAAAUUAUUUAGACGUGAAGGAAGUGUUGCGAUUAUUCAGUGAAAUCAGCCAGGCUGUUAAGUAUUUGCACGACUUUGCCCCCGAGCCGGUGGCGCAUCGCGACCUCAAGGCCGGGAACGUGUGUCUGACCGAGGACAUGACCCCCGUUUUGAUGGACUUGGGCUCCUGUGCCCCAGCCAAAGUCCAGGUUUGUGGGGCUCAGGACGCCCAGAAAUUACAAGACUUGGCGGCAGAACGCUGCUCGAUGACUUACCGCGCCCCCGAGUUGUUCCACGUCGAGAGUUACUGUGUCAUAGACCAGAGAACGGACAUUUGGAGUCUCGGGUGUCUUUUAUUCGCUUUGUGUUACUUUAAAUCGCCGUACGAUUUGGUGUACGAACGCGGCGAUUCGGUCAAUUUGGCUGUUAUUUCCGGGAGUGUACAUUUUCCGGAAGACACGCCCUUUGAUGAGGACGUGCACGACUUGAUUCUCUUCAUGCUUAAAGUCAAUCCGUCUGAAAGGCCUUUCAUCGACAGUGUCAUCGACAAGACGCGCCAUUUGCAAAACAAAAUCGAAUCAGUUGUGUAAUUAUUUAUUUUUCUACAUGCGUCAAUGUAAAUACACUAUUUAAUAAAAUAUACAAUUUUUUAUCGUA